AUGGCAUCUCAGGACGACCCUAGUAUCAGAGCUUCCACCGAGGACCGCGUCAACGCCAUGCGCGGCUUCAAAGCUACUCUCAAGAACCCCCGCGUAUCCAAAGAAGCGAAGCAGCACGCUCAAGACGUCCUGGACAACGAGCUUCAUGGGGAUGAACCUCGCCAGGAGCUGUACAAUAAACGCGGACAGAACGUGGACCCCACUAGGGUAGCCGCAGGCUAUAAAGCUGCAACGCACAGACCUAAUGUAACCGACCAAGGAAAGGAGAGGGCUAGAGAGAAGCUGGAGAACAUGGGUCAGCCUGAAGAGUAA